AGGUUGCGACUUGAAUAAACAAAUCCUCUGGGACUGGAAGGAUACAGCAGUGAGGCUGGUUAAGAUUGUAACCACGGAUCUGGGUGGAGGGUAAAGGCCAACAAUCAGGUGGUCGAAACACUGACUUUUGAGCGUACCAGCCAUGAUUUAGUACCCGGCAAAGAUUGGCUGAUCACCGGAGAAGCGUCCUCUGCCAUUUCUCGAACUUUAUCGAGGUACGGCACACAGAUCUUCGGCUAAUCCUUCAUUUACCAUCCUUAAAAAGAUGCCUGUGUGGGGAUCAGCGCUGCGGCACUUGUGGUGACGGGGCACGGAGUGUGUGUGCGCAUCCGGGCAGGCAGGCCUGCGGGUGGGCGGGUGUAAGGGGUACACCACAACGCGUUUUCGGGUCGGCGUGGUCGAACCAUGCGACCCUGGGCGGGUUCAUGGCGCUGGAUUACCCUGGUGCUGCUGGCCUGGGGCACGCUCCUCUUUUACAUCGGCGGUCACCUGGUGAAGGACAGCGAGCAUCCGGAGAGGUCCAGCCGAGAGCUCUCCAAGAUCCUGGCCAAGUUGGAGCGGCUCAAGCAGCAGAAUGAAGACCUCCGCCGCAUGGCUGAAUCACUCAGGAUACCAGAGGGCCAUUCGGACGCUGGGUCUUUGGCUGCAGGAAGGCUGCGCUCUCUGGAAGACCAGCUGACCAGAGCCAAACAGAAGAUCCACAGCUUCCAGAAACUCACCGGAGAUGGCCCCGGGCCCACUCAGGAGGAGCUGCGGAGGAGGGUGGAAAACGGCGUUAAAGAAUUCUGGUACUUUGUGCGCAGCGAGGUGAAGAAAUUGGCCAACGUGGAGCCCAGCGAGAGGCAGAAAUAUGCGGACACACUCCUGCUGGAGCUGGGACACCAGGAGAGGUCCAUCAUGACAGACCUGUACUACCUCAGCCAAGCAGACGGAGUCGGCGAAUGGAGAAUGAAGGAGGCUAAAGACCUGUCGGAUCUGGUCCAGAACAGAAUCACUUACCUACAGAACCCCCCGGACUGCAGUAAGGCCAGGAAGCUGGUGUGUAACAUCAAUAAGGGCUGCGGCUACGGCUGCCAGCUGCACCACGUCGUCUACUGCUUCAUGAUCGCUUACGGGACCCAGCGCACGCUCAUCCUGGAGUCGCACAACUGGCGCUACGCCCCCGGCGGCUGGGAGACCGUCUUCCUGCCCGUCAGCAACACCUGCACGGACCGCUCGGGGGCCUCCACCGGACACUGGUCAGGAGAGGCUCACGAUAAGGACGUCCAGGUUGUGGAGUUGCCCAUCGUGGACAGUUUGCACCCCCGGCCCCCCUACCUACCUCUGGCGAUCCCUGAGGACCUGGCCCCGCGCCUGCAUCGUCUCCACGGCGACCCGUCCGUCUGGUGGGUGUCUCAGUUUGUCAAGUACCUGGUCCGCCCCCAGACGUGGCUGGAGAAGGAGAUCAAGCAGACCACCGCCAAACUGGGCUUCAAACAUCCCAUCAUCGGAGUCCAUGUCAGGCGGACAGAUAAAGUUGGGACUGAAGCUGCCUUCCAUCCCAUAGAGGAGUACAUGCUGCAUGUGGAGGAACAGUUUCAGCUCCUGGCCAGACGAGUCCACGUCGACAAGAAACGGGUUUACCUGGCCACAGACGAUCCCUCCCUGCUGCAAGAAGCCAAGACCAAGUACCCGGACUAUGAGUUCAUCAGCGACAACUCCAUCUCGUGGUCGGCAGGCCUUCACAACCGCUACACAGAGAACUCGCUGAGAGGAGUCAUCCUGGACAUUCACUUCCUGUCCCAAACCGACUUCCUGGUCUGCACCUUCUCCUCGCAGGUCUGCCGCGUAGCCUACGAGAUUAUGCAGACGCUGCAUCCAGACGCCUCGUCUUUCUUCUACUCCCUGGACGACAUCUACUACUUCGGAGGGCAGAACGCCCACAACCAGAUCGCCGUGUACCCGCACCAGCCGCGCAACGGCGAGGACAUCCCCCUGGAGCCCGGCGACGUGAUCGGCGUGGCCGGCAACCACUGGGACGGCUACUCCAAAGGCAUCAACCGCAAACUGGGCCGCACGGGCCUCUACCCCUCCUACAAGGUUAAGGAGAAGAUCGAGACCGUGAAGUACCCCGUUUACCCCGAGGCGGACAAACUGCUCAACGCGCAAAAUAAGUAGAAAAAAAAAAGAAAAAUGGAAGAAAAAAAAAAAGGAGCGUGGAGAAACACAUAGUCUCUGGUUCCAAGGGGACGGAGGCUGCUUUUUUUGUACAGAAGAUUGAAGCGCACCCAGUGCGCUAAGCUGAGGGGGAAACUGAAAAAGCCUGAACCCCGGGGGGUGAUAGGAAUGAGAACGCACUCUGUGUGUUCGCGCGAAU